AUGCAGCGGGCCGCGCUCUUCCGCGGCGGCGAUGCGCAGAUGGCCUCCGGGGACCUGGGCGAGCUGCUCGUCCCCUACAUGCCCACGAUCCGGGUGCCCAAGUCAGGGGACCGGGUCUUCAAGACGGAAUGUGCCUUCUCCUACGACUCGCCCGACUCAGAAGGAGGUCUCUACGUGUGCAUGAACACCUUUCUGGGAUUUGGAAGGGAGCACAUCGAGCGGCAUUACCGGAAAACGGGACAGUGUGUCUACCUGCACCUGAAACGGCACCUGAGACAGAAGGUACCAGGAGCAUCUGGUGGAGCUUUACCAAAAAGGAGGAAUGCUAAGCUAUUUUUAGAUCUGGAGAUAAGCAGUGAUCUCAACAGUGAUGACUUUGAAUAUGAGGAUGAAGCAAAACUUGUUAUCUUUCCUGAUCACUAUGAAAUCGCAUUACCCAACAUAGAAGAGCUACCAGCACUGGUGACGAUAGCUUGUGAUGCACUGCUCAGUGCAAAAUCACCCUACAGGAAGCAGGAACCUGACUCCUGGGAAGAAGAGCUGCAGGCAUCUAAACAUGCUAAAACACUUGUACAGUUAGACAAUGGUGUUAGAAUUCCCCCCAGUGGUUGGAAGUGCUCCAGGUGUGACCUGCGGGAGAACCUGUGGCUGAACCUGAGCGACGGCUCCGUGCUCUGCGGGAAGUGGUUCUUCGAUGGCAGCGGGGGCAACGGGCACGCCGUGGAGCACUACAGGGACACAGGCUAUCCCCUGGCAGUGAAGCUGGGAACCAUCACUCCUGAUGGAGCAGAUGUCUAUUCCUUUGAUGAAGAGGAGCCGGUUUUAGAUCCACAUAUAGCAAAACACUUGGCACACUUUGGAAUUGAUAUGCUGCAGAUGCAAGUGACAGACAACGGGCUAAGAGAUAAUGACAUAAAGCCAAGAGUCUCAGAAUGGGAAGUGAUUCAGGAAGCUGGUGUGAAACUCAAGCCCAUGUAUGGCCCAGGAUACACUGGCAUGAAGAACCUGGGGAAUAGCUGCUACCUCAAUGCUGUCAUGCAAGCCAUUUUCAGCAUCCCAGAGUUCCAGCGAGCGUAUGUGGGAAACCUUCCACGAAUAUUUGACUACUCCCCUCUUGAUCCAACACAAGAUUUCAAUACUCAGAUGGCUAAACUGGGACACGGCCUCCUUUCAGGCCAAUACUCUAAGCCACCCAUGAAAUCUGAGCUCAUUGAGCAGGUGAUGAAAGAAGAACACAAGCCUCAACACAAUGGAAUAUCUCCUCGAAUGUUCAAGGCUUUUAUAAGUAAAGGCCACCCAGAAUUUUCCUCUAAUAGACAACAAGAUGCACAGGAAUUUUUCCUACAUCUGAUAAAUCUAGUAGAGAGGAACCCCGUGGGCUCGGAGAACCCCAGCGAUGUUUUCCGGUUCCUGGUGGAGGAGCGCACGCAGUGCUGCCAGUCCAGGAAGGUGCGCUACACCCACAGGGUGGACUACAUCAUGCAGCUCCCUGUGGCCAUGGAGGCAGCCACCAACAAAGAUGAAUUAAUCGCCUAUGAACUGAAGAGGCGAGAAGCAGAAGCUGCAAGGAGACCUCUGCCAGAGCUGGUCCGUGCCAAGAUCCCAUUUAGUGCUUGUCUGCAGGCCUUUUCUGAACCAAGCAAUGUAGAGGAUUUCUGGAGCAGUGCCCUUCAAGCAAAAUCUGCAGGAGUUAAGACUUCCCGUUUUGCUUCCUUUCCUGAGUACUUAGUGGUGCAGAUAAAGAAAUUCACCUUUGGCCUUGACUGGAUACCCAAAAAGCUUGAUGUUUCUAUAGACAUGCCAGAUUUCCUGGAUAUCACUCACCUUCGGGCCAGGGGGCUCCAGCCAGGAGAAGAGGAACUCCCAGACAUUGCUCCUCCCAUUGUCAUUCCUGAUGACCCAAAAGAUCACAUGACAAACCAUUUCGUGGAGUCCCUAGAUAUUGAUGAGUCUUCAGUUAUGCAGCUGGCAGAGAUGGGCUUUCCUUUGGAGGCAUGUCGGAAGGCCGUGUACUAUACAGGCAACCUGGGUGCUGAAGUUGCUUUCAACUGGAUCAUUGCACACAUGGAAGAACCAGACUUUGCUGAGCCAUUGGUCAUACCUGCAUUUGGAGAAGUUGCUUCCAGUGGGGCAGCUGCUUUAGGAGCUGUAGGGUUAGAUAACCAGCCUCCUGAAGAGAUGGUUGCAAUCAUCAUUUCCAUGGGAUUCCAAAGGAAUGUGGCAGUUCAGGCGCUGAAGGCAACAAACAACAACUUGGAGCGUGCACUGGAGUGGAUCUUCAGCCACCCUGACCCUGAAGAAGAAAGUGACCCUGCUUUGGACACGAUGGAUAUGGAGAACAAUGCUAAUGCCAAUAUCCUUGCAGACACAGGGUCAGAGGGACCCAGGAUCAAAGAUGGCCCUGGAAGGUAUGAGCUGUUUGGGUUCAUCAGCCACAUGGGAACAUCCACAAUGAGUGGCCACUACGUUUGUCACCUCAGAAAGGAAGGAAGAUGGGUGAUCUACAACGACCUUAGGGUCUGUGCCUCAGAACGACCUCCCAAAGACCUGGGCUACAUUUAUUUUUACCACAGGAUACCAAGUUAGGCCUCAAAUCUAUCACCUGGCCUUAAGAAGCCAUAAGCCUUUUUAACCUGCCCAAAAAAAGCCUACAAUAAAAAUCUAAAACCAACAAAAGACCCCUUAACCCUUGGACUGCCAAAAAGCAAAGGAAACCAUGGGAUGUUUAUAGUGUAUUUAAAAACAAUCAUUUGAUGCCGCCUUAAGUGUUAGAUGGAAGAUUUCUAUUAGGUGCUGUAUAGGACAUUGUUUUAAAUUUAUACACCUUACAGGCCAUGUGGAUUUCUGGUGGAGUU